AUGCCGCGGGAUAUUUUGAGUGAUAGUUUAGCUGUCCUGAAGAUUGUUGAGCAUGAAGAUGAAGAAAAUUGGCCACUUGAAAAUAAACCUCCAUGUAAACAGAACAAUAAAAAAAUAUCUAACAUUUCUUUGAACAGCCAAAAACCCUUUACUAAAGAUGACUGUGCAUGUUAUUAUAAUUAUGGUCAUGGGGAUAAUGGUAGCAGCAGACAGCAUGAUCCUGUAUACCAAUAUAAAACAAGCAGUUUGCCACCUGCAUCAUCCAUCAACCAAUCAUGGGAUGAAAUAGUUUGCUCAGCACUUCGCAUCUCUCCUGAAGAUAUUGCAAAUCAAUUGACGCUGCUUGAUUUACCUGCUGACAAAACCUGGGCGUGUUUAUCGAAGAAGGAUAAACAACAGUUUGAUAAGCUUGCAGAACUGUUUGGUGAAAAGGACAACUGGACAGCAUUGAGAGAAUAUUUAAAAUGUAUUCCAUUGCCAUGCAUACCUUAUCUUGGAAUAUUCCUAACAGAUCUAGUGUACAUAGAUAUCGCGCAUCCCGCGGGAUCGCCUCAUCGUAUUGCAAAAAUGGCAGUAGUAUUGAAAGCUCUCGAAAAAUAUCAAACGUCUGAAUACGAUAUUGCCCCAGUGCCUCACGUAGGGAACUAUUUGAACAGUGUGCGCUAUAUUGAGGAGCUUCAGAAGUUUUUGGAGGACGAUCAGUAUAAACUAUCGCAAAAGUUGGAGCCCCCGUCGCCUCUCGGCAGCUGCACCGGGUCUAAAGAGUCCGUGAAAGAAGUUAUCUUACAAGGCGCAUCUAACAUCGCAUCCAUUUCACCAUCGCAUAAGCUAGGCUCUGGCUCUCUGCGCCUUCAAGGAACGUGUCACCAGGGAAAGUUCAUACCAACCCAUCGAAAAUGUCGCUCUCUUGGAUCUAAUAUAUUCGGCAAGAAUCAUACCGAUGACAAAGUUGAAGAUAAGACGCCUGCGGGCUCGGUUAAUCUGCUCGACGACACGUUACUGGAAUCGCCUAGUUCCGUUGCCGGAAGCAAAAUGUCUAGGUCACUCCCACACAGUGAGCUUUGCAAAGCUGAGGUGAUCCAAUGCGAUUUUCAAGGAUUUGUAAGGAGGAAGACAAUAUUAAAGAUGGAUGAGCCGGAGCGACUUUCGCUUAGACAGAUGCAAGGUACUGUCUCUCGAUGGAUGGUCGGCGAGAAUUGUGGAUGGUAUCAGUGCAGACUCUUUCAAUUAAUCAAUCACCAAACUGGCACGCUAUACAAGUUUAAGACGGUGUCGGAGGCAACAGCGAGGAUGUGGGUGAAAGUGAUAGAAGAAGUCACAAAUAAGAUAGUGAAACCUUUACCAGCUAAUCUCAUGUCGUUUGAAUGA